AUGGUACCCACUACAGAGCUGGAUGUGACGAACGAGAGCCAUGCUACUAGCUCUUCAACAAGCCUGAAGGCUGCCGAGGAGAAGGGUUCAAAGGCCUUGGAGGAGAUUGAGCGUGAACAGGAGGUUAUCAACUUGGCCCGCAAACUGACUUCGCAAUCUGGUACCACCUAUACACACGCACCAUUCUGGUCACAGUCAGGUGGCCCUUUGGACCCCCAUAGCGAAUCCUUCCAAGCUCGAGAAUGGGCCAAAGCAUUCUAUCAUGCUCGGCAUAUCGCCAAUGGUAGCUUACCUGCAAGAGCCGCUGGUGUCGCUUUUCGAAACCUUUCCGUUGGAGGCGUUGGAACUCCCAGUGAUUUCCAGAGCAGUGUGGGAAAUGCCGUGCUGAAGAUUCCAUCAGCAUUUGGAAGAGGCCAGAGCGAAAUCGCCAUCCUCCAUGACUUCGCUGGACUGGUUCUGCCAGGCGAACAGUUAUGUGUACUUGGACCGCCCGGAAGUGGAUGCACAACCUUGCUGCGAACCAUCGCCGGCGAGACGCAAGGGGUCUCCAUCGAUUCCGCCUCGGAAAUCAACUACCACGGCAUCAGCGCCGCUCAGAUGACAACGGCGUAUAGAGGUGAAGCAAUCUACACGGCCGAAGUCGACAACCAUUUCCCGGAGCUCACUGUCGCAGACACACUCUACUUUGCGGCUAGGGCUCGAACUCCGCAGCAAAUCCCUGGAGGCAUAUCGCCGGACUUGUAUGCAUCUCACCUUCGUGAUGUCAUGAUGGCCAUGCUCGGUAUCAGUCAUACUUGUCACACACGUGUCGGUAACGACUUUGUCCGAGGAGUGAGCGGCGGCGAACGAAAGCGGGUCACCAUCGCAGAGGCAGCAUUGUCAUAUGCGCCCCUUCAAUGCUGGGAUAACAGUACCCGCGGCCUGGACUCAGCCAACGCUAUCGAGUUUUGCCGCACGCUUCGCACUCAGUGUGAUGUUUUUGGAACCACUGCUUGUGUUGCGCUGUAUCWAUCUCCAGAGGCCGCGUUCCAGCUUUUCGAUAAAGUCACGGUCCUGUAUGAAGGGGAGCAGAUCUACUUUGGGCGAAUCGAUACCGCCAAGCAAUACUUUGAAUCACUGGGCUUUGAGUGUGCAGACGGUCAGACGACUCCCGACUUCCUCACCAGCAUGACGAGUGCAGCAGAACGUCGUGUACGUGCUGGGUGGGAGGAUACAACUCCCAGAACAGCGCAGGAAUUCGCUCAACAUUGGCGGAAUAGCCAAGAGAGGCGUCAGCUGCUGGAAGACAUUGCCGAUUACUGGAAGCAACAUCCUUUCCAAGGUACCGACGCUCAAGCAUUUGCAACUGCACGAAAGGCCGAAAAGUCCCCUCUUCAACGAAGAAGAUCACCAUUCACGCUGUCUUACUGGGGCCAGGUCAAACUCUGCAUGUGGAGAGAACUGAAAAAGUUGCAAAACAAUCCCUUCAUCCUGAUCACCAUGUUCAUCACCAACUUCUUCGAGUCGUUGAUCUUGGCGAGCGUUUUCUACAAUCUGUCUUCGACGACAUCUUCCUUUUACUCUCGUGGAGCCGUCAUCUUCAUCACAGUCCUCGUAAACGGCUUUGGAAGUUUCACCGAGAUCAUGUCCCUUUACGCCAAACGAAAGAUUGUCGAGAAACACAAUCGAUAUGCGCUGUAUCAUCCAAGCGCAGAGUCUCUGGCCUCGAUCAUUGUCGACUUGCCCAAUAAAAUGAUGAACUCUGUGGCUAUCAACAUGACCUUGUAUUUCAUGGCCAAUCUAAGACGCGAGCCGGGACCCUUCUUUUUCUUUCUCCUGCUCUCGUUUACUAUGACUUUGGCCAUGAGUGCCUUCUUUCGUCUCUUCGCGUCGAUGACCAAAACUAUAGCCCAGGCUCUUGCUCCUGCGUCUGUGGUACUUCUUAUGCUGGUGCUAUACUCGGGAUUUGUGCUACCAAUCGACUAUAUGCGAGGCUGGAUCUCUUGGAUUCGCUGGUUAAAUCCAAUCGCCUACGGCUUCGAGUCCUGUAUGAUUAACGAGUUCGAUGGGAGAGUGUUCCCCUGCGCGACGUUUGUUCCAUCAGGACCCUCCUACAUGAAUGUCACGCCCAGCCAGCGAGUUUGCAUCGAAAAGGGAUCCAUUCCUGGGAAUUCCACGGUCAGCGGAGCCGCAUACAUUAAAACGGCCUUUACCUACGAUCCAAGCCACAAGUGGCGAAACUUUGCCAUCAUUCUCGGCAUGACGAUAGCACUCUACGCUCUACAACUUUGGAUGUCGGAGGUCGUUGCUUCUGAACGCUCCAAAGGAGAAGUGCUCGUCUUCCGGCGUGGGAAAAUUCCAACAAGUCAUCAGACGUCCACCGCCAUCGAUGAGGAGAAGGGCAAGCUCAGUCGACCUGUAUCAUCAAGUCAAGGCGACACUCCAAAUCUCUCUCAGAUGAUCGAGAAACAAUCUUCCAUCUUCCACUGGGAGGAUUUGUGCUAUCGAGUAUCUAUCAAAGGCGAGGAGCGGUCUAUCCUGGAUCACGUAGACGGGUGGAUCAAGCCCGGUACUUUGACAGCUUUGAUGGGAGUCAGCGGUGCGGGAAAGACGUCUCUCCUGGAUGUUCUUGCCAGCAGAACCACAAUGGGGGUCAUUAGUGGCAGCAUGCUUGUUGACGGUCGCGAGCGUGAUGGAUCUUUUCAGAGAAAGACUGGGUAUGUUCAACAACAAGACUUGCAUCUCGCUACCAGCACCGUUCGUGAGGCAUUACAAUUCAGUGCGCUCUUGAGACAAUCGGCGGAGUACUCCCAUCAAGAAAAGCUACAAUACGUCGAACACGUUAUUGACCUGCUUGACAUGACCCUAUAUGCAGAAGCCAUUGUGGGAACUCCUGGAGAGGGCCUGAAUGUCGAGCAGCGGAAACGCCUGACGAUUGGAGUGGAGUUAGCUGCAAGACCAAAGCUCCUCCUGUUUCUAGACGAACCAACUUCUGGCCUUGAUAGCCAGACAUCCUGGACGAUCUGCGACAUUAUGGAGAAACUCACGAAGAAUGGACAAGCGGUUCUUUGCACAAUCCAUCAACCAUCAGCUAUGUUAUUCCAAAGAUUUGAUCGACUCUUGCUUCUAGCUAAAGGGGGUAGAACCGUUUACUUUGGUGAGAUUGGAAAGAAUUCAAAGACAUUACUUGAUUAUUUCCAGAGCCAUGGAGGUCCGGCAUGCCCAGCGGGAAUGAACCCAGCCGAACAUAUGCUCGAGGUUAUUGGAGCAGCACCAGGAGCACGAAGUGAGAUCGACUGGCCUGCGACUUGGAGAGCCAGUUUCGAGCACCAGGCUGUGAAGGAACAAAUCGCCAACUUUCGAGCUCUGGCAACUCAGACUUCGAGUGCGGUCGACUCUGACACCUCCAGCUAUCAACCAUAUGCUGCUCCUAUAACUACUCAGCUGAUACAGGUCGGAAUCCGCGUGUUCCAGCAGUAUUGGCGAACCCCAUCUUACAUUUUCGCCAAAGCAGUCUUGUGCAUCUUCAACGCUCUUUUCAUUGGAUUCUCCUUUUUCAACGAAUCAAACAGCAUUCAAGGUCUACAAAAUCAAAUGCUUGGCGUCUUCGUCUUCCUCUUCGUCUUCAUCAUGCUGGUCACCCACACUCUACCUACAUUCGUAGAACAGAGGACCAUGUUUGAAGCUCGGGAACGGCAAUCCAGAACAUAUGCAUGGCAGGCAUUUGUCAUUUCAAACAUUAUCGUUGAAUUGAGCUGGAAUACGAUCAUGGCAAUAUUCUCAUUCUUCGUGUGGUACUAUCCCAUCGGCCUAUACCGCAACGCAACCUUCACAAACACCGUCACCUCAAGAGGUCUCCUCACCUUUCUAAUUCUCGAAACGGGAUUUCUUUUCGCAAGCAGUUUCGGCCAUAUGCUCAUCGCAGGAAUCGAAUCCGAGGAAAUCGCAUCCGCAAUCGCUACUUUAUUGGGUAUCAUGUUGUACGCAUUCUGCGGUAUCCUCUCCGGACCAGACGCUCUACCUCGUUUCUGGAUUUUCAUGUACAGAAUCAAUCCAUUCACCUAUCUCGUCUCGAGUUUACUUUCCGCAACAUUAGGCGCCGCACCGGUUCAAUGUGUUGAAGAUGAAUUUCAACGAUUCUUUGCUCCUGAGAAUCAGACUUGUGGGGAGUACCUCCGGGAAUAUAUUUCUACUGCUGGCGGGUACGUGAGAAAUCCUGGAGGUUUUUCCGGGAAGGAGGAGGAGAUGAUGUGUGAGUAUUGUCGGAUGGAUAAUACGAGUGAUUUUUUGGGGGGUUCUGGGAUUGUUUAUGAGGAGAGGUGGAGGGAUUGGGGGAUUUUUUGUGGGUUUGUUGGUUUUAAUUGUUGUGUGGCUGUGGUUUUUUAUUGGAUUUUUAGAGUGCCUAAGGGGAAGAAGGUGGUGAAGAGAUGA